AUGUUUUUACCUGAAUCUAUAUUUCUACUUUUUUUUUGUCAUUUAAUCAGUUCUACUAUUUUUUCAAAUACACUUAAUAGCUGUAAAGAUGCUUGUGUUGACAGAAAUCUGGCUAUACCAUUAAAACAUAAUCAAUUAUCUUGGGAACCAAAUUUAUUUAAAGAUUGUGAUUAUUCAUGUCAUGUACUUUCAUGUCAAGAAGGAUGUAAUGAUUUAGAAAAUAAUGAAAGUAAUUGUACUAGUAGAUGUGAAUUAACAGGAUCACCUUUAGCAUGUUGGCAAGGUUGCCGAAAUGUCAUUGAUACAUUUCUACAUACACUUCAAGAAUUGAUUAAUCAUGUCUCAUUAACAACAACUAUUGAUGAAACUCAGGGUAUAAAGGUUAAAUUUGAGUUUGAGGAACAAUAUACAGGAGUCCUACAAGAUAUAGCUUCAAGAAAAAUUAAAUAUUAUGGUCAAUCAAAAUCAUCAACAUUAUCAUCUGGCUGGAAAUGGACACAAUUUCCUGAAAAUUCAUUUAAAGAACAAUCACGAUCAACUAUAAUUUAUGUUCCAUUUGAGGAGUCAGCUUCUGUCCAAUUUCGAUUAGCCUUAUCAUGGCGUAAUUUUACAAUUGUUUCAAGGUCAUUAACAAGACAUCUUCCUACUCAACCAUAUAUUUAUUUACCUCCUAAAAUUAUUUCAUCACUACAAAUUGGUAUAGAUAAAUAUUUAAUUUGUUAUGAAGUUCUUCGUAUACCAAAUCCUGAGUAUAAAAUAAUUUUAACAAAAAAUGAUGGCAUUAUUUUAAUGGAAGAAAUAACAACAUCUUCAUGUACACUUUUUAAUAAUUUAGAAAUAGAUAAUUGUUGUAAAGUAACUAUAAAAGUUAUUGAUAAAGAAAAAGAGUUACAAACACCAGAAUUAAAUUUAAAUAUAACAAUUUUACCAAUUAAAAAUGAACAAAAUCAUAGCAUUGAUAAAAAAAGUUAUCUUAUUUUUAGUAAUGGUACUCAUUUAUUUAAAGUAAAAGAUUUAAAUGACUAUAUCAUGUUAAAUGAUCCAGUUUUAUUAAAUUUUGUCUCACCAGAAACAACAAAAGUUUCAACUAUUGUUAAUCUAGAUAAAGAUAAUCUUUUGAUUGGUUUUGAGGAUGGAUCUAUAUUUAAAUAUAAUACUGAAAUAAAUAUGGAUAAAGAGAUUGAUGAGUCAAAAGAAAAAAAUGACACUUCAAGUAAUGGAUUAUCAACAACAAUACCUUUACCUUCAUCACUUAUUAAUAAACAAAUGAUAAAGUUAAAAGAAAGUGAUGGAAUUAAAAUAAUAGAUUUAGCAAUAGAUCCAUUUCAAGGUUAUUUUUAUGUAUUAAAAGAAAAUACAGGAAUAAUUAGAUGUUCUUUAAUUAAUGGUUGUAAAAAAGAAUAUAUAACAAAAUUUAUUGUUGAAAUAGGAAAAGAAAUAAAAAAACUUUCUGUUGAUUAUAUAAAUGGAGAUUUAUAUUUUAUUAAUAAUAUUGGUGAAAUUUUUUCAACAUCUUUAUUUCCAUAUAAUAUUACUGGAGAUUAUUCAUUUCUUUCAAUAAAAAAAAUUGAUGAAAAAGGAAAAAAAAAUAAAUUUUUUUAUGGUAUUGAAAAAUUAAAUAAUGAUACUGGAUUAAUAACAAUUUCUAAAAAUGGAAUUUUAUGGUAUAUUGAUAUUGUUACAAAAAAAUGGAAAAAUAUAAGAGAAGAUGUUACAUUAAAUGAUAUUUAUAAAGAUAUUAAACAAUUUCAUUUAUCAAAUGGUAGAUUAUUUUGGAUAUCAACAUCAUGUGGUGAUUCACAUCCAUGGGAUUAUUGUUUAUAUAGUGAGGAGAGUGAUUUAAAUGGGAAAAAUAUUCAUUUAAAUAAAUAUUUAUUUCCUGGACCAGUUGUUACUUUUACAUUUCUAACUAAUUAUAAUCCACCACAAUUUUUACAACCACCAGGAAAAAUUGGUUUAAUAAUUAGUAAUUUUAAGGCAAAAGUUACCUGGUUACCAAUAAAAUCAUUACCAUAUCAAGAUAAUGAUAUAAGAUGGAGAAAUAUUUUUUAUGAUGUUAAACUUCAAUCACAAAAUAAUCAAUUACAAGAAAUAAAAAAUAUUUCUGCAAAUGAGACAAGUGUUAUUUUUAAUAUUGAACCUAAUAUUAAAUAUAAAUCAUCGGUAAGAUGUUGUUUAGGAAAUACAAAUAUAUGUUCAGAAUAUAUUACAUCACAAAAUACAGCUUUUCAAUUAUUUAAUCAAUCUAAUGAUAAUAAUAUUGAUGAUAAAGUUAUUAUAUAUUCGUGGAAAAAAAGUGAUAAUGAAAAUUUAACUAUUAAUAAUAUAUUAGGUGAAGAAAUAAAUAAUAGUGUAAAUUAUUAUCCUAAAAUACCUAUAGAUACAAAUGCAAUUAUUGCUUAUGAAAAUUCAACACAAUCUAUUUAUUUUUCAAAACAAAAUACUAUAUCAAUUGACAAACCAUUUAGUAAUUAUUCACCAUUUAGAUUUUUUGAUUAUAUAACUGUAACACAUCUUACCUUAAUUUCUAAGAAAGCAUCAAUUAUUGUUGCAUCAUCUUAUUCUAUUACAGUAUAUAGAUUAACUUCAACUUUUGAUUAUCAAAUAUAUCAAUGUUAUAGUGAUGAAUGUGGUGAAGUAUUAGGAGUUUCUAUUGAUGAUGAUACUGGUGAAAUUAUUUAUUUAACACAAAAUAAAAAUGGAAUUGUUCAAUUAUAUAAUUUUGAUGAAGAAAAUAAAAAGUCAAAUUUUUUGGCAGAAACAAAUAAUUUUCCAAGUAUAAAUCAAGUUGUUAUGAUUCAACAAAAAUUAAUUUUUCUUACAAAAUUAGGUAAUGUUGGAAUGUGUGAUAAAAAUUUAAGUAAUAUUAAUAUAAAUUUUGCCCUAAAAGAUGUUAUUUUUUUGUUACCACUUCAAAAAUUAACUAAUUUAACAACUCUUGAAAUGCCAAAUUCUAUUUUAAGUGAUCAUAAGGUAUAUUUUAAUGAUGAAAUUGAAUUUGGAAGUCAUCAAAGAACAGAAUUAUCCUGGAAAACACAACCUUUACUUCCAUUAAAUUUUGCCAUUUAUAAAAUUCAAUUAUUUAGAGAUUCAUUUGUUGGAGAUAGAAAUGUAGAAAUAUCUUUAAAUACAACAUUUAAUAUUCCACAACAAAUUUUAGAUAAAUGGAGUUCUAAACAAAAAUUUGAUGUUAUUAUUGAUGUUAUAACUCCAUGGACAUUAACAACUACAAAUAAAACAAAAAUAAUUGCACCUAUCAAACCACCCUCACCACCUGAUAGUCUUCGAAUAUAUGCUACACAACAGACAACUGUUGAUGGAGCUAGAGCUAUUGUUGAUUUAUUUUGGGAUGAACCAGAAGAAUCUAAUGGUGAUCUUUUAGCAUACCAAGUUAAUUGUACUAAUCUAGAAAGUGGUAUAUCAAAAAUAGAAACUAUUAAUGCAAGAAAAUCUAGAACAUUUUCUAUUGCAACUAAAUCUGGAAAAAUUAUUUGUUCUGUUGCUGCUAGUAAUGAACAAGGAGUUUAUGGAAAAUUUUCAAAUCCUAUUUCUAUUGAUAGUAGUGAAUUAAAACCACUUGUAAGAUUAUUUGCCAUUGAUUCAGUUGGUAAUUUGAUGGCUCUUACCAAUUGGACAAGUGAAAUAGGAUCACAUAAUAAAAAUAAACGACAAAUUGAACCUGCUUAUCAAUUAAUGGAUUUUGUUGGAAAUGAUUUGUAUGCUAUCAGAAGAGAACCUGACAAUAAUCAAUUAUUUAUUGUUUUGUUAGAUCUUAAUGAUAUUACAUCAAUACUUCAUAAAGUUGCUAUUAAUGGUGAAUUUAGUCAGAUAGAUGCUAUAACUAGUGAUUGGAUUGCAAAUCGUCUUUUAAUUGUAGCUAAUCAUCAAAUAAUGCAAAUAUCACUUGAACUUUUUACUUCACUUUCUGUUGUAACACCUAAAAAAAUGUUUACCUUAUCAACAGCAUCACAAGAUGCAAAACAAUUAUUAUUUGAUCCAUUUACAUAUCAUGGAUAUUUAUUAACUAAAAAUGGAUCAUUAUUUUUAAUAGAUUUUAAAGAAGGAACUGAACAAAAUCUUGCCUUAUCAAUAGAUUGUUUUUCUUCACAAACUAUUACAUCAAUGAUGGCAGAAUACAUUUGGAAUAGAGCUUCAUCACCAUUAAUAUAUGCCUUAACAUGGAAUGGUUUGAUAACAAUUGAACCAAAAACAAAAGUAUGUAAAGAUAUUUCUAUAGAUUGGAGUGUAUUUGGUGAAAAAGGAAUAAAAUCAAUUAGUUCAUUUUCAAUUGCUGAUAAAUUUUUUGUUUUUGUAACACCAUUUCAAUUAUUAGUAUAUGAUAGAAAUACAGCAACAUCAACACCAAUAUCUAUUAUUAAUCCACCAUUAAAACAAAUUUUAGCUGUAUCACAAUCCAGUCAACCAUCACCAGAUAGAUCUUGUUUUACAUUACCACCAUCAAAUAAUAUUAAAUUUACAUUAAAAAAUGAAGAUAAAAGUGGAGCAUUAAUUGAAAUUAUUGAACCAACAAUUCCCUCAAGUUGUAGUAGUAUAUCAUUUCCUCCAACACAAUAUGAAAUACAUUUUAAAAGAAAAAAUACAGAUAAAGUUAAACAUAUUCAAAGUGUAUCAAAUAUUAUUCAUGUAGAAAAUGGAAUUCUUGAUAGAGAUACAGAUUAUGAAGUUUCAGUAACAUGGUUAAAUAGAUACUCUCCACCAUCUUUACAAUCAGAGGCAAAAUUUAUAAAAACUGGUUAUGGUUAUCCAUCAGCACCACAAAAUUUUAAUACAUUUAGUGUUUCUCCGGAUACAGUUAUAUUAUGUUGGUUAUUACCACAAACAUUAAAUGCUCCAAUUGAAGAAAUAAGAUAUAAAAUUACUCAACAAUCUUCAUCUUUAACUUCACCAUCAGGUAUUGGUGCAAGAAAUUUUGUAAAUGGUGGUUUUGUUCAAUUACCAACAGAUGUCAUUAUUUGUACUGGUAAUCCAUGUCAGGCAAAAGUUACAAGUUUAAGACCAUCAACAGAUUAUAAAUUUUGGGUUACUGCUAUUCAUGAAUCUCAUCUUAAAUCACAAUUAAUUAUUGAUGAUACUGAAGCAAUAUCUAAUGAAUCUAAUGUAAGAACAAAAGAUAUUCCUGGAACAUUAAAACCUGAUAAUGUUACCUCAAAUUAUAUUAUUCUUCGUUUUACCUCACUAGAACCAGAAAAUAAACCAACAAAAUUAACUGUAGAAUAUCGACAAUCAGGUGUUGACUCAAAUUAUAUAUCACAACCAAAUGUAACAUUUAUUCUUUCUGAUAUUGGUAGAACAAAUGGUGUUACAAUAACUUUAGAAAAUUUACGACCAGCAACAACAUAUGACUAUAGACUUGUUGCCACAUAUACAGGAGAAUAUGAAUAUCAAGAAAAAAAUAAAUCAUAUAAUGAAAUAUUUUAUCAAACAGCACAACAAAUAAAAACUAAACCAGGAACACCAACAGCACCACAAUCAGUAACAGCAACUAAAGAUCAAGAAGGAUGGAUAUUACGUUGGCAGUCACCAGUUAGUGAUGGUGGUGCUAUAAUAACAUCAUAUGCUGUUGACUUUAGACAAAAUUCAUCAUCUGAAUGGGAAAUUGCUGAAAGAGGUUUAUUACCAGAUAAAUUAUGGUGGAGACCAUUUACAACAUCAAGUCAAAUACCAAUAAAUCCAACAUUAAUGGAAUUUAGAGUUAGAGCAACAAAUAGUGAAGGUUUUGGUGGAUAUGCUUAUAGUAAAUUAGAUGAAAAAUAUUUAUUAAAAGAGGGUGGUGAAAAAAAUAAAACAAUGUUAUGGUUAAUAUUACUUCUUAUAUUUUUAAUAUUACUAAUAUUUUGUGGAAUAUUUCUAUUUAUAGGAUAUAAAAAAAAAGUUAAAAAUGAUAUAAGAAAACAAAAAAUUAAUAAAACUAUUUCACUUGAUAUGAUAGGACAAUUAAAUCGAUUUCCACAUAAAAUGUCUGAAUUACCAUUAGAAUUAAAAAAUGAACUUAAUACUUUACCUAAAGUUAGCAAAAAUGAUAUAAAAUAUAUUAAAUUCUUAGGUUCUGGAUCAUUUGGAGAAGUAUAUCAAGGUGAAGGAUAUAAUUUACCUAUGUAUAGUGGUAAAACAAUAUCAGUAGCAAUAAAAACAUUAAAACCUGGAUAUUCAGAAGAUGAUAGAAUUAAAUUUUUAAAAGAAGCUAUAUUAAUGAAUAAUUUUGAUCAUAGAAAUAUAGUAAAAUUAUUAGGUGUUUGUUUUGAAUCUGAUUGCAAUUUUUUACUUAUAGAAUUAAUGGAAGGUGGAGAUUUAUUAAAAUUUUUACGUUACUCUAGACCAACACAAAAAGAAUCUUCAAAAUUAUCUUUAAAAGAAUUAAUUUCAAUAAUGGUUGAUAUUGGUAGAGGUGCAGCAUAUUUAGAAAUGAAUAGACAUGUACAUAGAGAUAUUGCAGCAAGAAAUUGUCUUAUAACAUCAAAACUUCCUGAAAAUAGAAUAGCAAAAAUUGCUGAUUUUGGUUUAGCAAGAGAUGUUUAUAGUAAUGAAUAUUAUAGAGUAUCUGGAGAUGAUUUUUUACCAUUACGUUGGUUGGCACCAGAAGCUGCAAAAGAUGGUUAUUUUUCUAAUAAAAGUGAUAUAUGGAGUUUUGGAAUUCUUUUAUGGGAAAUAUUAACACUAGGAGAAACACCUUAUGGUAAAAGAAAAAAUUUUGAAGUUAUUUCAUAUGUAAAUAGUGGUGGUUUACCUGAUAAACCUGAAUAUUGUCCAGAUGAUGUAUAUGAUAUUGUUAAAGAAUGUCUUAUUUUUAAUGUUACUGAACGACCUUCUUUUUCAGUUAUAUUACCAAAACUUGAAGAUCUUAAAUGUAAACCUGAAUAUAAUGAUGAUCAAGCAUUUCCUCCAACCAAUGAAUAUUUUGGUCAUACUAAUUCUGCAUUUGAAAUGUCAUUAGUAUCUUUAAGAACUAACUCAAUGUCUGAUUCAAUAAAAUUAGAAGAUAGAAAAGAAUCAAAUAUUUCAAAAUUUGAUAAAAGUAACAAAAGUAUUGGAAAAAAAAGUAGUAAACCAAUAAUUUUAAGAAGUUUACGUAAAGACAAACAACAACAUUUUCCAGAACCAUUACCAACAAAUGAAGAAAUAAAUUCAAGUAUAAAAAGAUCAAUUAGUAGAAUGAGUGGUACUUUUAGACCAGAAAGUUGUAUGUCUUCACAUACAUUAUCAACAUCUCUUGAUCCAGAUUAUGAUUUAUUAGGUAAACGAUCUUCGUCAAUAGGUUCAUAUACAAAUGAAGGAUUUGAUCAUCAAUAUUCAGAUUAUUAUUUAAAACCAAGAAAAUCAAGUAAUUCAAUAUAUUUUAAUCCAUCUAAAAAUAAAGCACCACAACCACCAAAUAAUGAUAUAGAUACAAAUUAUCAAAUAUCACAAGAUUCUACAUUAUCAUAUUCUGAAGAUAAUGGUGAUAAUAGUUCCAAAACGGGAAGAGUUUCACAGGUCUAA